AUGAGCGACACACCAUCUGAACCUGAAGAUUCGCCCGGCGAGACCGCAAAACCCUCGACCGAACAACCGGUUAAGUCCUCGACGACUUCCGACGAAGCUAGCACGAUUUCCUCGGACACCUCGUCAACCGAGGGGCCUCAGGAUUUUCUGGCGAAAUACCCCUGGGUUCCAUUCGUUGCUCCGAUGGUGGUCUACAUGCUAGCAAACUCGCUCGAGCCCCAACCGCCAGGGCCCGAUGGCGAGGCCAACCCUGGCCCACUCGGCCUGUCCUACUCUUAUUACCCGUUGAUCUACGCGGCAAAGAUCGUGAUCACGCUGAUCACGAUCGCCAUCGUCUGGCCCGGCUAUCAUCCGUUUCGCUUUCGGGUCUCGCCGUUGUCCUUCCUGGUGGGUGCGGUGGGGGCCGUCGUCUGGAUUGGGCUCUGCCAGCCGCCCGUGCUCGAUGCGAUGAACAACCUGCUGAACAGCGUCGGGCUCUCCAGCUUUGCCGAAGCCGGCGAACGCAGCGGAUUCAAUCCCCUGGAACAUUGGGCCGACAGCCCAGCGAUGGCCUACGCGUUUCUUGCCCUGCGGCUGUUCGGCAUGGUGGUGGUCGUCGCCUGGAUCGAAGAGUUCUUCUGGCGGGCGUUCCUCAUUCGCUUCCUGCAAGGCAGCGACUGGUGGAGGAUCGAGUUCGGCACUUAUCAACUCGGCCCACUGGCCGCCACCACAGUGGUGUUCGCACUCGCUCACCCCUUAACCGAGUUCCCAGCCGCCAUCGCUUGGUUCGCCGUCGUCUCCUGGCUCAUGCUCACCACGCGCAACAUCUACGACUGCAUCAUCGCCCACGGCGUAACGAAUCUUCUCCUGGCCAUCUACGUAAUCGUCACCGGCGCCUGGUUGGACCAGCAGGCCGAUCCGACGGUUUUCCCUCCUAACCUUUGGCCGCUGCAACUGAUCUUCAGCCAGGUGCUCGACGCCAUGACUCCAGCCCCCUUCAAGCGUCGAUCAGAAAGCGAAGUCACCGAUCCCUCGCUGCUCGAAGCCACCCAGUUGUUCCUGCAGGAUCAAUUGGCCGGGCGGGACUCGUCCGAAGUUUCGGCAGAUGCGUGGGAGUGUUUUUACGACCUUUACAGCCCUGUAGUCCGUCGUUUUGCGAUCUCUUGCGGCGUCUCGCAAAGCGAAAUCGACGACUGUGUGCAAGACGCGUUGCAGUCGGUACUUCAGGCACUGCCCGAGUUCCGCUACGACGCCGAACGCGGUCGCUUUAGGACGUGGCUCUACACGCUGGUCCGCAACAAGGCCACCGACAUGGUUCGCCGCCGUGCACGACGGCCCACCAGCCAUCUUUCUCCCGAAGUGGCUUCGUCGCUGCACGAUGCAACGGCCGAUCCUGCGGCUGAAUACGAAAAUCAAUGGAAUGUCGAGACAGUGCACGCGGUUCUCGCCCAACUCGAGGCCGACGUUUCAGAGCGUGACUAUCGCGUCUUCUACAUGAGGGCCAUCGAAGGGCUCUCGGUCCAGGAAGUUGCCGAAGCCACGGGCUCCACGGUGGAAAAAGUUCGCUAUCGCCACCAUCGCGUGAAGAAACGCUUCGCGCACCUCUUCUCGCUCUACACAGGCGUCGAAUAG